CAGUCAAAUGAAGACCAAGCAUGUAAAGAUUAGAUUCACAAUACCUCUCUCUCUCUAUCUCCAAUCUCUUCCCUCCAUUCAAAAAUCCCCCAAAACCCAUAAUCUCUCUCUCUCUCUCUCUCUCUCUCAUCCAAUCCAAUGGAAGGAGCUUUCUUACCAAAUCGCCCUCCCUUCCCAACCCCACCCACAAAAUCAACAACCCCACCACCCCAACGGUUGAAAUUCAACCCCUCUAAUGUUCCUCUCCCUCCUCCUGCAUCUCCUUCCUCCUUCCCUCUUGAUUCCCUCCUCCAACAACUCCUCCAUCUUUCCUCAAUACCCACCCAAAACCAUACCUCCUUACACCUCUCCUCAAUCUCCCAGCCCCCUAAAACACCCCUUCUCAAAACACCCAACCCAAUCCCAUUUCCCCCAUUCAAUGAAAAAUACACAAAACAAGAGAAUUCUGCUGAUUCGACCGACACCCAUCUUGGGUUCCUUUCCAAAACAGGUAAGUCCAUUCUCAACUCCAUCAUCAAACACCCCAUAUCCAGUCUCAAUCCGUUUCUUGAUUCUCUAAAAUCUGACAUUCUCGGGGUCGAUUUUGUCGGCCUCUUGAAGGGGUUAGAGCUUUCGGGUAAUUGGGAGAAGGCACUCUUCCUGUUCGAAUGGGCCGCUUCUUUCGAUCCGAAUGAAUUGAGACCUGUUUUGGAUAAUGAGGCGAUCGAAGUCAUUGUUAGAGUCUUGGGCCGAGAGUCGCAGCAUUCCAUCGCUUCAAAGCUGUUCGAUAGAAUUCCCAUCGAGGACUACUCUCUUGAUGUCCGGGCAUACACGACCCUGCUCCAUGCAUAUGCUCGGACGGGCAAGUACGAGCGGGCCAUUGCCUUGUUUGACCAUAUGAAGGAGAAGGGCCUCUCUCCUACUCUGGUCACCUACAAUGUCGUCCUCGAUGUGUAUGGGAAGAUGGGUCGGUCUUGGAAUCGGAUUUUGAGUCUUUUGGAUGAGAUGGGAAGGGGAGGAUUCGAAUACGAUGAGUUCACAUGUAGUACAGUUAUAUCCGCCUGUGGAAGAGAAGGGUUGUGUGAGGAAGCGUCAAAGUUCUUCAACGGAUUGAAAUCCCGGGGCUAUGCUCCAGGAAUUGUGACGUACAAUGCGCUACUGCAUGUAUAUGGGCGGGCGGGGAAUUAUACGGAGGCGUUGAGUGUUUUGAAGGAAAUGGAGGAGAAUGGCUGCCCUCCGGACUCUGUGACUUACAAUGAGCUUGUCGCUGCAUAUACAAGAGCCGGGUUCUAUGAAGAAGGGGCUGCUGUCAUUGAUACAAUGACUAGUCGAGGAAUCUUGCCAAAUGCCGUCACAUACACGACUGUGAUAAAUGCUUAUGGCAAAGCUGGGAAAGAAGAUAAGGCAUUGGAUUUGUUCAAUCAGAUGAAGAAAUCAGGCUGUGUGCCUAACGUCUGCACAUAUAAUGCCGUUCUUGGAUUGCUCGGGAAGAAAUCGCGGUCUGAAGAUAUGGUGGAGAUUCUUGGACAGAUGAAGUCUGAUGGGUGUGUCCCGAAUCGAGUCACAUGGAACACAAUGCUGGCAAUGUGUGGCAACAAGGGCAUGCAUAAAUACGUGAACCGGGUAUUUCGGGAGAUGAAGAACUGCGGGUUCGAUCCAGAUCGUGACACAUUCAAUACGUUAAUCAGUGCAUACGGACGGUGCGGGUCUGGCGUUGAUGCUUCAAAGAUGUAUGAUGAAAUGAUUAGAGCGGGUUUUAGUCCCUGCGUUACCACCUACAAUGCACUUUUGAAUGCAUUGGCCAGGAAAGGCGAUUGGGGCGCAGCUGAAUCCAUCAUAGCAGACAUGAAGAGCAAGGGCUUCAAGCCCAGCGAGACGUCAUAUUCGUUGAUGUUGCAUUGCUACGCAAAGGGCGGGCAUGUCGAAGGGAUAGAAGCAAUCGAGGUGGAAAUCUACAACGGCCGCAUUUUUCCAAGCUGGAUGCUGUUGAGGACCCUUGUUCUAGUGAAUUUCAAGUGUAGAGUGCUGCAGGGCAUGGAGAAGGCAUUCAAGGAGCUGAAGCGGAAUGGAUACAAACCCGAUUUGGUCAUUUUCAAUUCGAUGCUUUCCAUCUAUGCAAAAAACAGAAUGUAUGAUCGGGCCCACGAAAUGCUAUCCUCGAUUAGGGAGGCGGGCCUACAACCGGAUCUCGUCACCUACAACAGCUUGAUGGACAUGUAUGCAAGAGGCAGGGAGUGUUGGAAGGCGGAUGAGAUCCUCAAAAGUCUGCAAAGCUCCGGUGGAAACCCUGACAUUGUAUCCUACAACACCGUAAUAAAUGCGUUCUGCAAGCAAGGUCUCAUGCAAGAGGCCUUGAGAAUCCUAUCAGAGAUGACAGCAGCGGGGAUCCGCCCGUGCAUUGUCACCUACAACACUUUCGUGGCAGGGUAUGCGAGCCGUGGGUUGUUUGUGGAAGCACAUGACGUGAUAAGCUACAUGAUACAGCAUGGUUGUAGUCCCAACGAGCUAACCUACAAGACGGUGGUUGACGGGUAUUGUAAAGCAAACCAAUACGAAGAUGCCCUGGAUUAUGUAUCGAGAAUUAGGGAUGUAGAUUCUUCUUUCAAUGAUCACUCGGUCCGCAGGCUAGCGGCCCGCGUAAGAGAGAAUUUCGAAUCUUAGCCUUGGUUGGGUGUGGACAUUACAUUCUGAGCAAGAUUGUGGAAUGGCAUUUGACAGUGAAUACAGGUACUAGCUUGAAUUUUGGAGCUGACUAUUGUAAGAUAACUUUCUAUAUAUGCAUUGCAUUAUAUUAUGUUGUUACAGCUACAUGCCUUUGUCAUGUGCUUUGAAACAGAGCGGGGGUCACAGUAUUUUGUUUGUUUCAACUGCGAAUUGUACACAUGAGUUUGUUGAUUUUCACCAGAUUAUUGUGACGAGA